CUCGAGAGCUAACAGGAAUCUUAAUCUAUUUAGCUAACCGUAAGCUUACAGAAAUGUGUAUUCAACAGUCAGUUUCACCUUUGAAGAACGCCCAGGUGUGAGUGACAUGUUCAAGGUAAUUCGGAGAUUGGUGGGGCCAGCCAGUCUGAGCCUGCUCACCUUUAGAGGCUAUGCAGCACCCAAAGAGGACUCAGCUCCCGGAAGUUACAAGAGGAUGAGUGAGCUCUCCCUCUACUCGGUUCCUGAGGGUCAAUCUAAGUAUGUGGAGAAGCCAAGGACUCUACUUGAAGAAAACAUCUCACAGCUACGACAUCUUUGUGAGCCAUAUACAAGUUUGUAUCAGGAAAUGUACUCCCAUACUAAACCCAAGGUAGAAUACUUGGUCCAGUGGGGAGUAAGUAACUAUAACCAUCUUAAAAACGCACCUCCUGGAUUUCUCCCAAGACUCGGCGUUAUUGGUUUUGUUGGACUCCUUUUCGCUAAAGGUUCAAAACUAAAGAAGCUGGUCUAUCCUCCUUUUUUCAUGGGAUUAGGGGCCUCUGUCAGUAACCCAGAAAAAGUCAUCACCAUUGCCCAAAUCUCUGGGGAGAAGUUAUAUGACUGGGGAUUACGAGGGUACAUAGCUGUAGGAGAUUUGUGGAAGCAAAAUAUUCAGAAGCCGGGAAGUGUGAAGAAUCCACUGGGAAGUAAAUAGAAAACUCCAUGCUCUGCCCAUUUAAUCAGUUAUAGGUAAACAUUGGAAACUCCAGACAGCAACUCAGUAUUUCUACAGACAAACGGCAGAAUCAGUAUUGGACAUAGUAAACUGGCUUUCUUCAGGAAAAGCAACACUAAGCCUUUUUGCUGGUUUGGGUGAUGCCAUCAUACAGGCCCACUAAUCUGCAAUCCUUCACAUGGAAAUAAUGUACAAGCCUUAGAGCCCCUCAUUCUUAUAUCACCAUUUAUGUCCAUAAUUAAAGUCCAGAUUCCAACAACAACAACAAUAGAGAAUGCCCAGGUGUUCGGGUGAGACUCAGAUCUUAGAACGGUUGAGCUGACGGGUUCCUGGUGUGCUCGGAAGAUGGUGUUGAGUUGAACAGUGCUUAGUGAGCUGAGCGUUCAUCUUCCCUGUUUUCCUGAUUGUCAAUACAAUGUGACCGUCUUUCCUCAAGCUCCUGCCUCCACCACCACCACACCAUCUUGCACAAUACUCUGAACUAUGAGCCAAAAUAAAAACCUUCCUUAAGUA